AAUAUUGUUUUAAUUAUUUAUGUACUAUAUACCUGCAUUAAACGUAUAAAAUUUUAUGUACCUGUGCCUUAGCCUUCAUUAUUGUUCCUAAUUUUAGCGUUUUGGAAACUUCUCUUGACGAUUACUGCGUCAGCCAAACACAGGUAGCGUAGAAUUGUAUUUGUAUGAGUGCAGAAGCGAUAUCCCCCGAGCAAUCAUUAGCCGCAAUAAAAGUGACACCGGUGAUUUCAAUAUAACUGGUCUUAAAUGCUUCGUUAACAAAGUCAAUAAAUAAUGGAUAGAUUCCUUAAAAAUCAUUCGCUUCUUAUCGACGGUUUAUAGAUUAAAUUUUCUUUUUUAGUAAUUUUCUCGGUUAGAGUUGGUUAGGUUACUUUACGUAAAACACACGUGGCCUUUAUUUUUAUCAACAAAGAGGUAGACUUAUUUUCAGAAUGAGAUGUCCUCAUGAAGUUAUUGUUACUUGCGAUAGUUCUAAUGAAAAUUGGAGUGCUGCGACAUGGGAUCCUUGUACUGGAUCACUUUCUUCUACGUAUAAGCAUGCCGGUACCCUAGGUCAUCAUUCGCUACAAUUAUUGAAGGAUUCUUACCUAAUAGCUUCGAGUGCCACUAAACCAAUAUUGCAUCUGUGGCCUUUAAAUAGUCAAACACCGAUACAGUUUCCAAGACUUGCAACGCCUGGUAGAGUUACAGCACUGUCCUGUACACCCAAUGGCUCAUAUAUAGCUGCAGCGAUAAACGAAAAGAUUUAUAUUUGGCAAUCCUGUAACGGUUUGUUAAUUAACUCUUUUGCAAGACAUUAUCAGACCAUAAGCUGCCUGAUAUUUAAUAAAGAUGGAUCUUGUUUGGCAAGCGGUGCAGAGGAUGGUUUAAUUUUUGUCUGGCUAUUAAGUCAGCUAACUAACGAAAAAGAGGUAAAAUCGUUGAGUUCUUUUUCUCAUCACUCGCUACCAGUUAAGGAUCUCUAUUUUGGCAAGGUUGGAUGCUUUGGUAGGUUGUGUUCCGUUUCGUUGGAUAGAUCAGCAAGAAUAUACGACAUUCAUGCUGGCUUAUUACUAUUAACAUUAAUUUUUGACAUUCCACUUGUAUCGGUUUGUAUGGAUAUCAUGGAGAAUAAUCUUUUUGUCGGUUCUUCGACUGGAUUAGUAAUGAUGUGCAACUUACGUCAUCCACCGAGGGGAAUAGAACAUCACGUAUCAUCGAAAGAUAAUGACAAGCUCAAGAUUUUUAAAGGGCACGAAAGUGGCAUUACCGCAUUAUCGGUAUCCAUUGACAAUAUAACUUUGCUCACUGGUUCUCUAGAUGGAUUUGUUUAUUUGUGGGAUAUUUUGAGCUCUCAAAUAAUUCUCACUCUUAAACACAAAGCACCAAUUAUAUCCGCAUUCUUUGCCACCGCUUACGACAAUUUUACCACAAACAAUUUUAAACCAAGUUUACAAGUUCGAUCGUUACACAAAGUUUCUAAUGCAGAAAGUAAGAACAAUUUUUUGGAAGUUUGUAAAAGGGAUCAAGAUGAUUCGUGGCUAUUAGAUUUUGAUUCGCAAUCAAGCAAUGGGAAUCGAUCACGCACAGAUUCAGAUGAUUCUAAAGAUCAACUUAACGAGGCUUUAAGUGAAAUUGAAAGAUUAAAGAAGAUCAACUCGGAUUUAUAUGAGUAUAGCGUUAGAAAUAUAUUUGACAGUAAAUCGAAUUCCAAUGAAGUAUAGUUGUUAUUGCAAAUAGACAAUACCAUUUAUGUCUACUGUCGUGUAUAUAUGUAAAUGUACCUAGAAUUUGUAAUAAAAGGCCUUGAAGUAAUGAAUUACUUAAA